UUGUACAACGUGUUAGUGUUGCUCUGCACAGUUGUUUCAUGGUAUCUUUAUCAUUGAGUAGUCUCAAUGUUACAUGUAAUUUAAAAGCUUUAAAGAAGAAUCAGUUGAACAUAAUAAAACUAAUAGGAAACCUUAUCUCUGUUUUGCUGUACUAAAGAGUAUAAAAUGGCUGCAACAAUGCCUAUUAAUCCAAAACCAUUCCUGAAUGGUUUAACAGGAAAACCAGUAAUGAUAAAAUUAAAAUGGGGGCAUGAGUACAAAGGCUACUUGGUAUCAGUAGAUGGUUAUAUGAAUAUACAAUUGGCUAAUGCUGAAGAGCAUAUCGAUGGAAACUUUACAGGAAGUCUUGGAGAAGUUCUUAUAAGAUGUAAUAAUGUUAUGUACUUACGUGGAGUAGAUGAAGAAGAUGAAGAAGGCGAAAUGAAAGAAUAGCUGUGUUAUAACAUAAUUGAUAUGAAUUGUAUGUAUUUAUGGAUCUUAAGAAAAAAAAUUAUUCAAACAUGCAACUGAUAAAAAAUUCUCAAACCUUUCAA